AUGAAGGCCAAUAAAAUGGAACUGAAUCCUAAUGAGACAGAUCUUGUGGAUGGAUAUGUAGGUAUUCGUGGCCAUAUCCAUGAGUCUGAAAUGUGUGCCUCACCUACUUGUGCUGAAUAUCAGGACAUAACGACAUCCCAGGGGCUGCCCAGCGUCAGAAGGAGGAGGCGGUGGCUAAGGCGACCGAGCGCGUGGAGCGAGGCCGGGAAAGACUGGGAAGACGAGCCUCUUCUGCGCUCGGCUCCGGCUUGGCAGGCUGGCAGAACAUGCGGCUGCGCCCGAGCCGCCUAUAGCCCGGAGCGAGCGAGCGAGCAAACGAGAGGAAGGAACGCGCGAACCCGCCCCCGUCGCGGGGGAGGGGGAGCCCCGAAGAGGCCACGUGCGGCAGCACCUGCGGCCGCCUCCCAGCCCGUCCCCCGCCACAAACUUGCGCAGCGAAGGAUAAGGCUCCCCGAGCAACCUCUCGCUCUUCUUUGGAUGUAUCAAUUCGGGGGCCCUUCCACCUCCCUAUCGACACCCAGAGGCAUCUAUGCUUCCUGCAAAGUGAGAAUUCCGCCCGGGUCUCCCAAAUCCCCUAUUCCACCGGUAUCUGAGGUGCAGGUUUCCAAGGAUUCCUUCACCUUUCCUAGUGACAAUUUUCUUAGCCUCGGGGUUUCAACUACCUUUCAACUACCUGAAGGAGUAAUAGCUGCUUUAUCAUCCUACGCUCUGAGAUCAUCAGCUAAAGGCUCCCCGUCUUUGUUCACCCCUUCUCAGAAAUGAACAAACAGAGGGAUUCAUGUCACCCUACCUUAUAGAAUGCUUCUUCAGCACUGCUUCCUUUUCAGAAACAAUAUUGUUUUUAUUUACUUGGCCUUUUAAAGGAUUGAGAUGGGAUGGUCACCUCCCAUAUUUACCUAUGCUAGCAUAGUGUCUGGUUAUCUGAGGGACAGCUAACUCCAAUUGUUUUUGCCCACUACAGAUCCCUUCAAUUAAAUGUUGCCAUCUUGUGGGAUCAAGGAAACAUGUCUCCUUUCGUGUCAUAGAUCCUGCCCCCAGGAACAGCAUCUCCCCAGAUUUCAGAAAUGUAGACAAGCACUUACUUUCCUGGGGUUCCAGAAGGCCUUUAAGACCUGGCUCUAUUCCCAGGACUGGAGUUCAUAAUUUUUUAGGACAGAUGACAAGCUUUUAAUUUUCCCAAACAUUUUAAGCAGAAUUUUGGUGUGUGUGUGUGUGUGUGUGUGUGUGUGUGUGUGUAUCAUUUUGUAUCUAAUAAUAACAAAGUGAUUAUACAAAUAACAAAGUAAAAUAGUUCAAAUGCAACAGUGACAUUGAGUAGAAUACAAAGUAGUUGCCACCACAGAGAAGUCCACAGCACUUGGUAUUGAUUACCAGUAUUAUUUAAACAUCAUUAAACACAGGAAAUCCACAAUUAAUGAUCAUAAGGAAUGUAUUUUGGGGUGGGUACUUGUAAGAUCUGGGCACUCCUUGCAAAAAAACUGUUGGUUUAUGGACAUAAUGACCACUAUAUGGUAGAAAGAGUUGGUCUCUUUUAACUACAAGGCUGUGGUUGCUUGGAAUUGUAUAGUCCAAAUGCAGCUGCUGCGUGAGUGCUCUUGAAGGCAGA